AUGGUGUCAUCAGAUGUGACACUUGAUAAUUGGUACAGUAAGCCAUUAAAUAUGGAUGAUAUCAUUGCUGGUGGAACGUUAAUUCUAUUAGCGAUGAUUUUCUUGCCAAUCUCUAUCAUUAUCGCUUUUGUUUUACAUCGUGAAUCUCACGUAAUUACGGGUUUCCUUUAUUUGUUUAGUGCAUCAAUCAAUAAUAUGUUUUUGCUAUUCAAUUAUGCACUUUGUCCGGAUAUAUCUCGAUACGACGUGGUUUUCCAUGUGCUAUCACACGUUGCUAGUGGCGUGGACACGUUACGUGGCUAUUUGUCGUCCAUGUCAAUUCAGAAAGCAGCGAAAUUCCACCAUUUACAUAUCAUGCCUUAUGUGUUAUGUGAUUGCUUUUGUCCAGGUGACAUUCUUUGUUAUGCAAUAUUUCUACUUUUCAAAUGUAAUCGUCAAACUCGAAAUAGCUUUGUAACUGUAAAUACAUAUAAUGCAACACGGCCAAAGAUAAUGCAAAAUUGUAAUAUAUUUGCAGGUAUCAGUACUGGUAUGCGAGCUGAAACUAAGUUAAUUUUGCCAUGCAUCUGUAAUGCCAUAGUAUUUCUCAUUGGCCAAGUGGUGAUAACAGUUGGAAUUAGUGAAGGUCGCUGGACAAUUUGGCUUAUACUGGUACUUUUCACUCUGACAGCUUCUACUGAUUCAGUUACACUGCUGAUAUUCAGUGGCACAGUCAGUUAUUGGAAUGAUUCAAUUUGUGAAGCAAAAAUGAUACGAGAAUUGUAG